UGUUUUUGUGCCUGUUUUUGUCCACCUAGUUUUAGGGGGUGCUAUUGAAUUGAUGUGUUAUGGUGUUAUUACUAAUUCAUAAUUGUAUUGGUGGAAUGUAAUCGUUUUUAGACUCUUCCUAUCACAUUGCAUUAGGUAAACAACAGCCUCCAUUUGUAAGGAUUUCACUGAUCACUCAGUGUAAGCGUUUGCAAUAUAAUAAAACCUACAUUGCGCCUAUUUUAUUAUGACGCAUAAUUCAUGCGGACAUUACAGUUACCCCCUCCUUGAGCAGUCACCUGAUCGUGGUGGAGGGGUUUGUGUGUCCCCAUGAUCCUAGGAGCUAAGUUGUCUGGGGCUUCACGGCCCUGCUAGCGUCACCCUUGACGAACAGGUCCUAGGUGAGGGACCAGACAAAGCACGGCUUCAAAUACCCCUAUAAUGAUUGAAAACAGAGGAAAACGUUUUCCCUUGCCCCGAUGCGGGUCACCGGGGCCCCCCCUCUGGAGCCAGGCCUGGAGGUGGGGCGCGAAGGUGGCCCGCACCCCGAAAAGGGUAACGUGAAGGGUGCCCCUUCCUGUGGGCUCACCACCUGUGGGAGGGCCCGUAGGGGUCGGGUGCAUUGUGAGCUGGGCGGUGACCGAAGGCGGGGACCUUGGCGAUCCGAUCCCCGGCUACAGAAGCGCCUGGGAUGAGAAUCAGCACCUCUAAAUCUGAGACCGUGGUCCUCAGUCGGAAAAGGGUGGCGUGCCCUCUCCAGAUCGUGAAUGACAUCCUGCCCCAAGUGGAGGAGUUCAAGUAUCUUGAGGUCUUGUUCAGGAGUGAGGGAACAAUGGAACGGGAGAUCAGCAGGCGGAUCGGCAGUGAUGUGGACUUUGUAUCGGUCCGUUGCGGUAAAGAAGGAGCUAAACCGAAAGGCGAAGCUCUCGCUUUACCGGUCGAGCUACGUUCCUACCCUCACCGACAAGAUCCCGGAUACAACCGGCCGAAAUGUUUCCUCCGCAGGGUAUCCAGGCGCGAUUCCUAUCUUAGAGAUAGGGUGAGAAGCUGGGUCAUCCGAGAAGGGCUCAGAGUAGAGCCGCUGCUCCUCCGCAUUGAGAGGAGCCAGAUGAGGUGGCUCGGGCAUCUGAUUAGGACGCCUCCCCGGUGACGUGUUCCGGGCACGUCCCACCGAGAGGAGACCCCGGGGACGACUCUCAGCUGGCCUGGGAACGCCUCGGGAUCCCCCCGGCAGAGCGGGAUGAAGUGGCUGGGGAGAGGGAAGUCUGGGCUUCCCUGCUGAGGAUGCUGUCCCCGCGACCCGACCUCGGAUAAGCGGAGGAAAAUGAAUGAAUGAAUGAAUGAAUGAACAUAACAGUUACAUAGUCGCUCAUAUUUCAACAGUGUUUUAACAAAAUGCUCCACGUUAUACAUUCAUCAGGAAGUGAAUUUCAUUUCACAGAGAGGACUCACAAAGUUCUUCAGAUAGUUAAAUUAAAGUCAUACAUCUAUAAAAUGCAGAAUGACAUUUUACAUCCAUCCAUCCAUACUUUAUAUCCGCAUUGGGUGAUGGGUGAGAGCUGAUUUGGUCGACGAAGAGGAAGAGGAAGCUCUUGUUUCUCAGGCUGUUUACGUGUUAGAUAUGAUUACAUAUGGUAUUGUUAUUUUAUUUAGAUUCUGUAAAGACAAAAAAAAAAAAACAGCUGGUAAAAAAGCAUUGCCGCUGUAAAAAACAGUUAUGAAAUGUUACGAUUGACUGUGUUUAUUACUUACAGACGCUAGAUGGCAGCAGCUCGUUUUACCCAUCGUUUGGCGGUGAUGACGCAGAUUAACAGGUCACUUCCGGGCGGGUCAAUUCAAUGUAACUAACGUACGCCAAUGUUCGUUUCGUGCAAAUCGACUUUUACGGACUAGCGAUUGAAAAUCGACCGUAGCAUAAAACGUAUAAUGAAUUAUUUUUGUGUAUUGUAACGCUAUUGUUAGUUUGCUUUGGAUGUUGCAUUAUUAGCACUGGACAGCAAGAUUCCCCCCCCCCCCCAAAAAGAUUUGAUCGGACUCUGUUUACCAAGCUGUUGUGUAAUGGAGCCAUGCGACGACACGGGGAACCUCAACCAAGAGGACGACGUGCCCCUAAGCGAUGGCUCCAACGGCCAAUCAGACACCACGCCGGACAUGCUGAAAAUACAAGAGCAGCUCUUUAACCAGUGCUUUGAGAUGGAAGUGCAACGCAAUAGAGGCACAAAUCCGAGGCCAUGCUCCCUGGCUGAAGCAGAGCAAGGCUUGGCAGACAAUGUCAGGGAGCUGGAAAGAAUCAAGGCAUUUCAUUUUAACCGAACACUGGCUUUGCACAGAAUGCAGAUGUGGCACGCCAUUGGAGAAAAGCUGAAACAAAAUGAUUCAGAGGCUGCUGAGCUGAAAGCCAUCAGUGACCGCUGCAUGGUGCUUUGCUCGCACAUAAAAACACUUCAGCAGGAAUCAAGGGCUCUCCAAGAUGAAAUCACAGUACUCCAGAAAAACAGGCUUGAGCUGAAGCAUCGCACGCAUGAGAAAAUGAAAGAGAUCGAUAACUUGAAGGUGAAGAAAGCGCACCCGGAUUCAGAGAAGUACGAAGCUGUCUUGCAGAAGGGCCGCACAAACCUGGAAGAAUUCAAAAAGAUGGUCAUCAUAGCACAGAAUGUAUUCAGGGGAAUUCUGUUAGCGUAUAAAGUAAACUGGAUGGAGGAUCCACAACUGCGAGACAUAGCCCUGACUCUGGAGGAAUUUCCUAUCCCCGACUAAAGUAAUCCACUUGUCCAUUGUGUAUACGUGUAUGUAUGUGUGUGUGUUUUUUAAAUAUUAAAUAAAC